UUGAAGGGAGAAGCGAAUGAGGUAGUGUAGUUAGAGAGUUGUGGAAAGAAGCUAACGAAACGCAAGUUUUCAGGCUACUUGACCCUGCGCCUAGACUAACAUUUUGUGCCUAGUGUUGGCCCGAUAUAGAUCCCGCUACCAUCUGAUUGCCCCUUCACAUGGCGUUGCAGUUGCUGUUCGCUUGUAGCUCGUGGCAAUCUAAAGCCGAAAGAUCUUGUUGACCCUUGCGUGCCAAGCUAAAUUAAAAUAUUUGUUUUUCAAACGGACAGAGUGAGACAGAGAGAGAAAGAGAAAGGGAAAGGGAAAGGGAAAGGCGUAACUGGAGGCGGCUAAUCAUAGGCGAGCCGUAAUGACGAUGAUGGUAGUUUAACAAAGGGGCGUUUGCCUCAACUACUCACGGUAGUUGCCCCACUGGUCCUACCCCAAUGUGGCGUGCCCCAAGAACACCUGGCACUCAAUUGAGCAAUCCUUAUUCGGACAAACAAUUGACAAUUGACAAUCGUCAAUCGUCAAUUGGCAAUUGGCAUUGGCAUUGCCACAAAUGGCAAAUAUAUGGUAUUAGAGCUCGUUACGAGCCGCCAGGGGGCUGGCCCGACGCGACGACCACUCAUUUGAAUAUCGAUGCAAAUGUCAAUAUAAAAGUGCAGGAAUAUGUUGGACGGAUCUCAGAUCAGAUCAGUCGAAUGAGCGCGAUGAAAUAUCUACAGCUAAUAAUUGGCAGUCUACUGCUCAGUCUGCCGUUCUGUCGUCCAGGGGCCACCGAGGAUCAGAUGUGGGCAGCCGGCAAGCUGAUGCGUGAUGUCUGCCUGCCCAAGUUCCCAAAGAUCACCGCGGAAAUAGCCGAUGGCAUACAGAAGGGCAACCUGCCCGAUGACAAGGAUGCCAAAUGCUACAUCAACUGUGUCAUGGAGAUGAUGCAAUCGAUGAAGAAGGGCAAGUUUAUGAUGGACUCGACGCUCAAGCAGGUGGAACUCCUAAUGCCGGAGAGCUAUAAGCCCGCCUAUCGCAAGGGCAUCAGCGAGUGCAAGGAUGCAGCCAGUGGCAUCAAGAACAACUGCGAUGCAGCUCACGCGCUGCUCAGCUGUUUCCGCAGCAAGAUUGAUAUCUUUGUAUUUCCCUAAUCCAACAUGACGCUCAUGAUCAGCAUAGAGUAUAUAUAGUUAUAUAUAUUACGCUCCAGUGGCUCACGAAUAAAUGUUCGAUUUGCACUGUAAAUUGUGGCGCAUUUUGAUUGGUUUCCAUGGGCGCAGAUCCAAUCUCUGCUUUUGUAACAACAAGCGAACGGAAUGUCAAUCGGGGAAUA